CGAUAAUCUAAAUUUUUUCAAAGUUUGUUAAGGAUAGACACUCAAAUGAAGAGUCCUUCUAAGAAGUUAAGUAACAUUAUAGCCAAGUGGAGAAAAGGAAGGAAAGGUCAAUUUGUUGUAUAUACAAAGGAAGGCAAGAGAUUUGUUGUGCCAUUGUACUAUCUAAAUCAUCCAAUUUUCAAAGUCUUACUCGAAAUGGCUGAAGAGGAGUAUGGUUCAAAUGUGAAUGGCCCUUUGCAAGUUCCAUGUGAGAAUGAAUUGAUGGAGUAUAUUCUAUGUUUGUUGAGAACAAAACUUGGUAAUGUUGAAAUUGGAGAAGCAAUUUCCUCUAUUGAUACAUGUAAAGGAACACAUGUUUCUUCUAAUUUAUCCUCUUUGCAAUGUGAUAGUUUAGUUGAACGUGUGUCAUAA